AUGACUUUGGCCCGGGCAGUUGUAGAGGUGGGCACCAAAGCAGUCAAAGGGGCUGCCCUGCCCAAGUCCCAACGAGCCACUAUAAUUACCACAAUGGAUAAAGGGCAAGAGUCGUCCAAGGGCGUUGUCUCGCAGGCCACCGACUGGGUCUCGGCCAACCCUGGAGCCGCUGCUUGCCUUGCUGUCGGUGCUGCGGUUGGUGUGCCUCUUGUAGUGGCCCCAAUGGCCGUAGCGGGGCCCGUUCUGGCCGCUGCUGGUUUCGGCUCUGCUGGUAUCGUCGGGGGUUCUGCCGCCGCCGGAGCAAUGGGCUCAGGGGUUGCCGCAGGGAGUGCCUUUGCUACGUUGCAAAGCGCAGCGAUGGGCGGCUACGGCGUUGCGGCGGUCACGGGCGUUGUGCAAAGCGCUGGUGUCGCUGUUGCCGGCGCCUCGGGUGGCUUGGCCACUUGGAUUCAGAGGAAGAAAUCCAAGGAGGAGGAGGAGGAGGAGACUGCUAGUUCUGAGAAUUCGGAAGAUGAAGCCGUUAAGACGAAGCUUUAG